AUGCGUAUAUGUUUUGAAUUGUUAGAAUUACUUAAAGCCCACAAAAAAUCAAUUCGGCGGGCAGCAAUAAAUACUUUUGGGUAUAUUGCUAAAGCUAUUGGUCCCCACGAUGUUUUGGCAACUUUAUUGAAUAAUUUAAAAGUACAAGAACGUCAACUUCGUGUUUGUACAACUGUGGCUAUUGCUAUUGUGGCAGAAACUUGUGCACCUUUUACUGUUCUUCCUGCGAUAAUGAAUGAAUAUCGAGUACCAGAAAUUAAUGUUCAAAAUGGUGUAUUAAAAGCUUUCUCAUUUAUGUUUGAAUAUAUUGGUGAAAUGGCUAAGGAUUAUAUUUACGCAGUUACUCCUUUACUUGUUGAUGCUAUGAUGGAAAGGGACGUAGUUCACCGACAAAUAGCCAUUGAUGCUUGUGCACAUUUAAUUCUCGGAGUGCAUGGAUUUGGUUGUGAAGAUGCAUUAAUACAUUUAUUCAAUUUUAUUUGGCCAAAUAUGCUAGAAAAUUCUCCUCAUGUUAUUCAACGUUUUGUUUUUGCAUGUGAUGCUUUGCGUGUUUCGCUUGGACCAAUUAAAGUUUUGCAAUAUUGUUUACAGGCUUUAUGGCAUCCAGCGAGAAAAGUUCGAGAACCGACUUGGAAGGUCUUCAACAAUUUAAUUCUUGGAUCUCAAGAUGCAGUUGUUGCUGGAUAUCCCCGAAUUCAAAAUACAGACAGAAACCUUUAUACCCGUUAUGAACUUGAUUAUAUCCUUUGA